AUGAAGAUAGCGAACUCCCACAAAUGUACACCGCAUGAAGUGAUGUUUGGUUGGAAAAUGCAUUGCAUUUAUGAUACUCCCGAUGAAGAAGAAAACGAAGUCGAUGAGGACAAUCAAAUUUCAGUCUCAGAUGCCGUCGAUGAAGGAACCCCACAGGACCAUGAUACGAAUCCAAUAUUCAUAAAAUAA